AUGAAACUUUCAAGUCUCUUUUGCCUCGGCGUAUGUUCCUCUGUUGCCCACUUGACAUCGUGUUCAGACCAAAACACGUACUCAUUUGAUAUCGUAAAUAAGAAUACCUGGUACAGUAUCGCCAAGAAAAUUUUUCAAAGUACGACGCCGUGCAACUUUACGGUGAUCCCCUCCAGUUAUGUAAAUAAUUCGGAUGCGGUGAGCAAUUCAGACGAGUCCGUUUUGUUGAUAAGGAAAAAGUUAAACAAUUCUAGCGAGACAGGUGUGGAUAGCACCGGAGAAGAAAGCAUCACGGGUAGCAGUAGUAGCUCUCCCGGUGACAAGGAAACCCUCGAGAAGGAGGGAGAAUUCAAUUUCAACACCAAUUUUGAAGAGAACGAUUACACCAAAUUAAAGAACAGUCUUUCCCUUAUCGAUAAAUCCCUACGUGAGGAAUCAUCAUCCGACGAGAACACAAAAAUGGAAGACGAAAAAGUAGGAACUGCAAAUAAUGAUGAGAAAGUUACCAUGAGCAUGCCAGAAGAAUACAUGCCCAAAAAUAUUUCGGAAAUUCUAAUUGGAGCGGUCGAAGAAGAUCGCACCUACGCGUUAAAGGGUGAUGAACCAUGUGAUAGUUACAUCAAAUUAGGAGAAAUAGUACACGGGACAAAUGAAAAAACAACUCAAUUUACUUUCCCGAAAAACAAAGUACUGUGUGUGCAGUUAGAAGCCAUUAACGGAAAUGGCUACCUGUGGGCCUUGUUAGGAGUGCAUAAGGAGAAGCCCCAAAUAAACCCGGAAGAAUUCCCAAGAAAAAAAAUUACCAAGUCAUUCUUCACAAACGAAAUUUCUGUCACGCAACCCAAAGCAAUACAGAAGAACACGUCCAACAACGGAGGUGAUAUUUCUCCUAAUUCUUCAGGGUAUGGGAAGCCUCGAGGAAGCGAACAUUUAGGAGGGUUCGUUGGAGGCGCAUCGACCUUGCAGAGCAUGGUGAAGGCACACAAAGCUGGAACCUUUUACAUCGUCUAUUCUUAUUAUAGACCCUUCGACCCUACUGCCAGUGCGAACACCAAAAUUUUGCAAUUGACCGUGUCGUGA